CUCCUUUUCUUUUCUUUUUCUUUUUCUUUUUUUUUCUUUAGUAUCAACAUUUUAUUCAAAGUGAUGGAUUAUGUUAAUGAAGAAUAUUCAGCAUUGCUGCAAGAAUUGACCAAUAAUAUUCACCAUAAUAAUCCUCAAGAUGUUUUACAGUUUUGUGCCGACUUUUUUUUCUCAAAGUUAUCAGAAGAAAGAGCUUAUCGAUAUCAAGAUCAUUAUCAACAUCCAAUGGCAAUAGAUUCUACUUUUUCACCUCAUCCUUCAGCUAUACAACAUACACCUCCUAUUCCAUCACUACAAGAUCAUUAUAGUGGAGAAGACGACGACGACGAUGAAGAAGAAGAAGAAGAAGAAGAAGAAGAAGAAAGCUUCUAUGAUGAACAGAAAGAUACUUUCUCUGGUGAACUUCCUGACUUCUCUGGUAACAAUUUCAACAGGUUACAACGACGCACAUCGGUCAGCGCUGAAUCCAUGACUCCAUCUACACGUGAACAUCGUUUUAUCAAGACUGUGAUUCCCAAAACAACUGAUCAACAAGCCCGAAUUCAAUCCGCCAUACAAACCAACUUUUUAUUUCGACAUCUAGAUGAAAUGCAAUACAAAGAUGUGAUCAACGCUAUGACUGAAAAGCACGUGGCACCCCAAGAAACAGUGAUCCAGCAAGGGGCUGUGGGUGAUUUUUUUUAUAUUGUAGAAUCUGGUCAUUUGGAUUGUUAUAUUGAUGAAGUUUUGGUGACUGAAUAUCAAGCUGGUGGAAGUUUUGGUGAAUUGGCUUUGAUGUAUAAUAGUCCUCGAGCUGCUACCAUAGUGGCUACUACUGACUGUGUUUUAUGGGCUUUGGAUCGUAUCAUGUUUCGUGGUAUUUUGAUGGAGCAUACAAGUGCAAAACGACGAAUGUAUGAAUCCUUUUUGACUGAUGUUCCUAUUUUGGCCUCUUUGGAUGCUUAUGAACGUUACAAGAUUGCUGAUGCUUUGGAAUCUGUAUGUUUUGAAGAUGGACAAAAGGUGAUUGAACAAAAUGCAGUAGGUAACAACUUUUAUUUAAUCGAAUCUGGAGUAGCUGUGUUCUACAAGACUGAUGCUGACGGAGUCCAAAAGGAAGUCAAUCGUUUGACAAAAGGUGCUUAUUUUGGAGAAUUGGCUUUAUUAAAUGAUAGUCCUCGAGCAGCUACAGUGAUUGCUCAUGGUCGACUUCGUUGUGCCACUUUGGGCAAGAAAGGAUUCAAUCGAUUAUUAGGUCCAGUAUUAGAUAUAUUAAAAAGAUCUAGUAUCAAUUACGUCAAAGUCAUGCAGAGCACGACUGAAUAGUUACAAUUGUUUAGUUAUUUAUCCUGGUUUGUUAUUCAUAUUUACUUUUAUCAUAUUUCAUCGUUAUCAUCUAUUAUAAUAAUAAAAACCUCCAAUUUCUUUUAA